AAAUACUGAGUGCUGGGCGUGAAACGGUGCAUUUUAUGUCAUCUGCUGGCGGGAAACCACUGCUUGAUUACAUUUCACAAGCCAAAGCUUACAACUAAUUGCGUUCAAUUAAAUCAUAAUCGAAAAGCCGUAGCUAAUGGUGCGCCCAUUUUUCCUGUGUUCUCCAAAUGCAGCACUGGUCCAGUAUGAGUUCAGGCACCCCGCUGCCACAAAAACACAUACAAAAGAAACAAUUAUGGCCACAAAUAAAGUGGUUAUUGACAAGGCAGCAGUGGAUGGAGACACUUCUAUUCAAGUCAAGAUAUUACAGGUCCCAGCCAAAUGUGGACCCAGCACUGCUGUGCAACCUCCACCCAUGGCUGCAGGUGUCUCUGUCUCUGCCCCACCUAAGGUCAUCCCCACUGGUCUUGGCCACCAACCUACCUCCUCUACGGUUGUCUCAGCGCGUCAGAAUUCAUCUCAUUCUGUCAUGGUGGUAGCAAAGAUGGCUACAUCAGGAGCAUUCACUAGUGCAAAAAGCCAACCACAGGUAACAAAAGCAGCUUUCAGCCAGGUGGCCUCCAUGACCCAGGCCACUACCCACGGAAGGACAGUGGUGAUAACUGUACCAAGGGCAGCAGCGUCCCAGCCAGCCACUGUGGCCCCCCGGCUGACACGCACUACCUCCCCACAGCUGCCAGCCAAUAUACAGAUACCACCAGGUAUGAUGUUGAUCCGCAGUGAGAGUGGUCAGCUGAUGCUGGUAUCCCAGCAGGCUUUGGCACAGGCUCAGCAGGCACCAAGAGGCAUCAGUGGUCAAGUACCAAGACUACUGGUCCCACAGGUAUCCACAGCAGCUGGAAAUAAAAGUAAUGAGAAGGUGACAGUGAUCAGGCUGGCAGCCCCUCUCAGUUUCCAACCAGCCCCAGUCCAGAAAACAGCUGUGGUAAAGGUGUUUGGUGUAGCUCCCAAACCAGCUGUAGUCCCGACCCUCAGUGUGUCAGAACAGGGGAGCCAGCCACGUAUUCAGAUGGUCGUCACAGAAAGCAGAAAGGAUCCACCGGACACGGUUAGCCCGGCAACUCUGGAAAGUGUGAAGAAGUGCAAAAACUUCCUGGUGACUCUGAUCAAGCUGGCCUCCAAUGACUCUAGGUCUGUCAACAUGGCUAACAAUGUCCGAGGACUGGUCAGGAGUCUGCUGGAAGGGAAGCUAGAAGCAGAGGAGUUUACAGAACAGCUCUAUCGUGAGCUGAAGUCGACUCCACAGUCGUGCCUGGUUCCUUUCCUGAAGAAAAGUCUUCCUGCAGUUCGUCUCCUCACUGCAGACCCCCAGUUAUUUAUCCAACAGGCUUCAACUUCUACAGGCAACCUCAACAUGGUGUCUUCCACCAUGAAGCAGUCCAGCACUGACACAGGACAAAGCCUCAGUACCAGCCAGCAGGUGGUUAUCCAGCAUCCUCGAGGAGUUGCACUGAGAACUGGGUUGGCAACAUUUGCUCAGUCCAGAAAUUGCAUAUCUCAGAGCAGCAGACCCAUCCCCAAACACUUCACAGGAACUUUUUCAAUGAAGCAGCCUUUCACUCAGGAUCCACCUCGUUCCACCAAGUUUGCGUUCAAGGACAGUUCAGGAUCUUACAAAGAAGAUGAUGACAUUAAUGAUGUCGCCUCCAUGGCUGGAGUCAACCUGAGAGAGGAAAAUGCACGGAUCCUGACCUCCGUGGUUGGCUCUGUGGUGCAGUCCUGCCAGGAUCAGCCCAUCCUCUCACCUAACCCAGUGCUCAGCCGGAUCCUUCGUACUGGACAGGCAUUGGGAGUAACGGAGGUCGGUCCAGAGGUGGUAGCUCUGGUUUCUCAUGCCACACAGGAGUUUCUCCGUGGGCUGCUGGAGAAGCUCACUGUGAUGGCAGAACACCGCAAAGCAGCCCUGAAGGAUGACCUGUGGCAUGCCAAAGUUAGUGAUGUACGAUCUCAGCUUCGCUUCCUGGAGGAAGUGGAGAGUUUGAAGAAGAAGAGGAAAGAUGACAUGGAGAGAGAGAGGCUGCUGCGUUUGGCCAGAAGUCGCUCGCACACUGAAGAUCCACAGCUUCAGCAGCUCAAGCAAAGAGCCAAAGAGUUACAACAGCUAGAAGAAGCUCAGCUGCAGCAAAGAGAGGCUAACCUCACCGCUCUGGCUGCCAUCGGGCCUCGCAAGAAGAUACCUCUGGAGCAGACUGAAAGUCAGGUGACUGUGCUGCCCAGGCAGGGUGUUCAGAGAGUGACUCGGGUCAUGCUGAGGGAUCUGCUGCUGUGUAUGGAGCAGGAUCGCUUCCUCUGCCACUCUCUCUCUCUGUACAAAUCCAUGCUUUGAUUUACUCCUUCUACUGUUAAUAAUUGAAUUGAUUUAAUAUUAAUCUGCAGCAGGUCUUUGUUUUGUUUUUGCACUUUGUUUAUUUUCUAUCAAAUAUCUUUGUUUAUUAUCUACUAUUUAUUUUGAGUAUGUUUAUUCCAGCUGUUCUCCAAAGCACUCAUAGUUUUGUGUUUGAUGUUGAUGAACCUGUGAGUGGGAUUAAAAAGUUAAGAAUAGGAAACACUGCUGUGUGCAGUGUAGUUACAUUUUCAGUUGAAUGUGGAGUUUUUCAUUAUUCUGCUUGUUUAUUUUUGGACCAUUAAAAAAGUGGAAUUUGUCACAUCCUGACA